GGAAAGAGGUUUAUCUCUGAUCAGAUUUCGGGUAACCUAAGGGCACACUUAACUAAUGGGAUCCUAUCGAUGUUUCUCCCCCCUCCGAGCCUGAUCUUUACACGGCGGAAUGUUAAUGUUGCCACAGCCUGUCCGUGUUGUCUUUGGCUGCUCUGGCUUUUAUUGUUAUAGUCGGUCUAUAAUGUCAUGGAGCUUUGACGGAUAUGAUUAUAAAACACCCGCAGUAAAGCAACACUCCUGUGACUGACUGGACUAUGGAAGUGAUCGGGUUUACUCUGCUGUAGAUGUGUGAGGAGAAGUGUGUGUCCCAUGUUGCAUUAGUGUCUGUGUGAAAUGCUGGCCUGUCUGCCAGGGCCAGGUGACCUCCCCCUCCAGCUUCUCCCCCACACGCAGAUGAACACUGGACAUCAGAAAUGGGACACCACACAAAGGAUGAGAUCCGCUCCGUUUCCAACCCCUGCAGAAUUGGACGCAUAUGCUAAGAAGGUUGCCAACAACCCCCUCACCAUCAAGAUCUUCCCCAACAGCGUCAAGGUCCCCCAGCGAAACCACGUGCGCCGAACUGUCAACGGGCUGGAUACGUCAGGCCAACGCUACAGCCCUUAUCCCUCUUCUCAGGCCAGCACCAAGGCAGGCCUCCUUGCCAUCAUCAAGGUGCCCACAGUCAAAGGCAUCCUUAAAGAUUUUGACGGCAGCCGGGCUCGCUUGCACCCUGAAGUCAUCAUGAACCCCCCCACCGGACCGUACCAAGUGGCUUCGACCAGCACUUUAAACCACCACCCACCUCUGCCGAACCUCACCCGGCUGCAGCAGAGCGUGCCGCUUCAACCACAGGACCCACCUCAGACUCUACAGAUGCCCCUUCCUCAGCAGCAGGGUCACACCCAGAGCCUCAGACACCCUCCCCCCAUGGCCCAGCACCCUCAGGGCCCACCCAGACUCCAGACUCUGUCUCAGCACCCAGCCCUCGGACACCCACAGGGGCCCCCUGCCAUCAUGCUUCAGCAGCAGCACCUUCAGCAGCAGCCACCACCUGGCCUGCAGGGGAGCAGGAAGCUGCCAGAUGGCGAAGCACCGCCUAAUGUUACCGUCUCUACCUCAACCAUUCCACUCUCCAUGGCCGCUGGGCUGCACCAGGGCCGCCAGGCUGACCUGAGCACCAUCGUGCACCAGAUCAACCAGUUCUGCCAAGCUCGGGCCCAGGGUGCAGGAGCCACCUCCAUGUGCGAGGGCCAGAUCGCCAACCCCAGCCCCAUCAGUCGCAACCUGCUCAUCAGCGCUUGCUCCAGGGUGUCCAUGCACAGCAACCCCGCCACCCCCGGCUUUCCCCCACCCAACUGCAUCAUCGGCCCUCAAGAGAAAGCCACCGCCCCGGUGGGAGCUCACCCGCCACACAGCGUGGCUAUUAUGAACCACUUGCCUUCCAACCACACUGAUCUCAAGCAGCAGCACCAACUGCAGCAGCAUCUGCACCAACAACAGAAUCAGCAGCAACAGCAGCUGCAACAUAACACACAGCAGCAGAAGAUGCGCUCUUGGAAUCAGCACCAGUUGGCUCAUGUACCCCACGUUCAGAACGGUGGGAGCCACCUCUGCAAGCAGCCUUCCAGGGACCCCGCCUUCCAUUUUAAGGGCAUGGGCUACCCUGCAGAGGUGUGUGUGGGUCAGCCUUACACACUCAAACCUCCCGUAGAGAGGCCCACCCCCUCUCCCCCCGUCAACAACGGCAUGCCCGGCCCCAUGGCCCACUACACUAAUGGUCACUACUUCCAGUCCCACAUUUGGAACAGCAGCAUCCUCCCCACACCCAACAGUGACAGCUCCGGGUCUCAGGACAUAGCCAUGCCAUUCCAUGGUGCGGGCCCAGGGGGGUGCACCACGCUAGACUGUGGGCCCCCUGGGGCUCCCCAUUACAGGCUAGGAGUGAGCUCCUCCACCUCAUCCUCCUCCUCCGCCCAGACUAAUCUGAUGCAAACGGCAGAUUACUUGGGUGGGGACUUCCAGACGCCCUACUUCCGCGAUCAGAAUCUAGGGUUGAUGGGCAAGAUGCACAGGCCUCCUCUGAGCAGGGGAGGUCCAGAGGUUGGGGAUGGCAGAACCGCUCUCAUCCAGCACCCAGGGUACAGAUAAGCUAUGGCCUUGUCUCCACAACAGUUAUCAAAACCCCUUUGUUUAGUCUUAAGAAAGGAAACACAUGAAUAAAACUAAAUUGAUAACUUAAACAAAUGACCGCUAAUGUUAAAGAGGGUAAAUUAAUAUAUUUAAUGAAGAACAGUAGGUUUUUUUUGUUCUUUUUUUUAAAUAAAUCUUGCAAGUGAUCAAUUGCUACUUUUAUUUUUGUUGAUGAGUGCUUUUACCUGGCACUUUAGGGAACUUUUUCAUGUGCGUGUGUAUACACAUCUGUACUGUGUGUGUGUGUGUGUGUCAUUCCCUCCUUCCUCUACUGUACUAUCUGUGUGCCUGGAUCUUAACAGAUCCUGUGUUAUUACUACUUCAGACCUACCGGUAACAUUUUCUUAUGCAUGUAAGAAAGAAGAAAUACAGAUAGAUCCCUCACUGAGAGACUGCAACAUCUACUGACAGAUGUUUUUUUUUACAGGGUCAUGUCAGGAAUUUUUGGCUCAGACUAGUUUGGUGUUAACGCUCCAAUCUCAUUGUAACUUCAAGAUUAAACAAUCAUUUGAGGACAGAAGAGAGAGUAAUAAACCAGACAUGAACCAGACAUUGGAGACUACAACGUACAGCUAGAAAAGCUUGCCGUAUGCACAUGUACACAUUGGUUUUAUCCUUUUUAAUGUACUUAUUUAUUUGUAUAAUAGGACUGUUCAAGAUUGAUUCCUCUCUGUCAGUUAAAGGGUAAGUUUGGUCUGGGCCUGAUUUCUUGUGUUCUUGUGUCGAAGGGACGAAUGAGAACAGUCGUUUCUGAAAUUGGUCCAGUAUUGAGCAAGAAAGCCGCAGCCGACAGCCGCAAAACAGGCUGCAGUGUAACCACUUGGGGUGUUCACACCAUCAGUGCACAUCCACUAAAAGUGCUUGUUUUUGCCACUGACAGGCUCAGGUUAUUAUUUUAAGUGUCUAACAACAUUAUGGAAAGGAUCCCUGCAGAGAUAGAGGUUUUUGAUUAACCCAAAACAGCCCCAAAAUCAUCAUCACCAAACCCACCAGACUCCAUUUAAAAAAACAGUAAUUUAAGCAUGUAUAGAGUCAGCGUAUUUUCAUAUCUAACAAGGUGAAUUAAGGGUUUAUUUCAACCAAUCUAGACCUGGUGAUUGUUGGAACGGCGAAAAGACGAACCAAGACAGCUUUUGUAAGUUUUAUUUUGGUUCUGUCAACUUUGAAUAAGGUGAGUUUUACAACAAUAAAUUCAGUGUUUAUUUAAAUGGAGUCUGGUGGGUUUGACAAUAGCAAUUUCGGGACAGUUGCUGGUUUAACUAGAAGGAUCUUUCUCUUUAAGAUCUGUCUCAGUAGGGAUCCUUUCCAUAGUGUUGUCAGACACUUAGAAUAUUGCUGUAUUCAUGUGCUCCUCAAAUGGUCCCAUUUCCUGAGUUGGGAAGUAGUUCUUCCAACUUCGGCCUGUUCAUGACCUUUAAGUCAUAAUGGGGAAGAAACACAACAGAUAUGUUGAAUUUUAUUGCUCAGAUUGUUAAACGUCCCAGUGAACAUUCAUGUUGCUUUAUCCAGACUUGUUGCUGCACCAGUACAUCGCCUAAACCUACUAAGAUAUUGCUUUACCUGACUGAUGGUAAUAAAUAACCUCUAGGUCAAUGUAUGUAGACAACUACAAAGUUACAACCUAAUAGGCUACCAUGUUACAAAUUAUAUCUGAACAAAAAUUAAUAUGCAGUACACAAAUAAAUAAAAAGUUUCUUAACAUCAAACUAACACUUACUGUUGUCUGCCAUGUUUCUGCAUAAUAUGACAUCAACUCAGCAAGGCUUACUUUGCAAGUUGUUGUUCUGAGGAGGUGUUCGUGUGAAUUUUCCCAGGAGAGAACUAUUUCUUUAGAUUAUUUCGACACCACAUAAAUGCAGGAUAAUAACCUGAGUCUGUCAGUGGCAAAAACAAAAACUUUUAUUGGACGUAAGUUGACGUGAAUAUGCCCCAAGCGGUCACAUUGCAGCCUGUUAAGCAGCUGCAGCGCUCUCACUCCAUACCAGACCAAUUUUAAAAACUGUCGUCUCCAUUACUCACUUAGAAACAAAACACGGGGGAAAAGGGUCCAUGUUGAAAAAUACCGAACAUACUUUUUUAAGGAAGCAUGUAAUCAGGUUGUUUGUACAUAGUCAAGAUCCAGCAGGGAGCAGGUAUGUUGAAAAGGUGAUGCUCUGUCCUGCGGAAAAUGCUGCAAUGAAUUCAGGUGAUUAAAAAAAAUAACUUUUGUGUCAGUGCCAGGAAGGUUUUGCUACAAGAUUGUGAAAUGUUUAGUGCAGAUAAAGUCAUGAAAGAUUAACCUAAAAAUGGCCAAAGUCAUGUAAACAAGGACACACUGUUAUGAAGAUGUGCCAUUUAAUGUUUGUUUCCUUUUCAGAUUUGUUUUUGUAACCAUGACAAAUGUAUUACUUGAAUGUUGAGAUUAUUUGUUUUGCAGUUAUUGAAGAAGGUUAGUUACGAGGACGAAACUCUGGAGCAGAAGAAAUAAUCUAAUGUCGCGUAGAAUCAAACUACGAGCCUCACCAGAGUUUUGAUCCUGACAGCAGGAACUUAAGUGAAUUAAGUUGUGUGUAGUUGCUACUGAUUCUGAUGUGAAGUCUGCUUGAAAAAAGACCAAAUUGAUCACUUGCAAGAUCACGUGGAGGUAAACAAAACUGACUUUUAAGUUUAAAGUGAAACAGCAAAUGCAUUGUUUAUUUUAUUGUACACUGGCUUACCUACUAGACUACUGUAACUUUAAAGUUUAACGAUUGUGUGUGAAUGUUGCCUGCUGAUGUGGGUAGAGUUAGGGGGUGUGUGUGUGUGUGUGUGUGUGUGUGUGUGUGUGUGUGUGUGUGUGUGUGUGUGUGAGAGAAAAAGGGAGAGUGUGUGUGUGUGUGUGUGUGUGUGUGUGUGUAUAAACACAAUGACGCCCAUGUUUUGUUCACCUAAUUCCCUAACAGCCCUUAAAAAGCCUUAAGUGUUUGGUCCUUGGACUUCCCUUGAAAAUGAGCAUGGUUUUAAUGAAAACCCCAAAUAAUAAGGAGAAAGAAACGGUGAGGAAACACAGAAACAGCAAUUUUUUUUUUGUUUUUUUCUUGUCUUUCUGUUUUAUUGAAGUUUUGUUGAAUAGACAGAGCAAUUCCUUAGAGAUUCUUUAUCAUGGAAAGCAAGAAAACAGUAAUAUUUUGUAAUUAUACUAUAUUUUAGCAAUGUGUAGUUACUGAGCUGUAACAUUUUUUCCCCAAGUUUCAAAGCUUCAGUUUGCAGUUGUGACUAUUUAUAAUACUUGAUUUGCUUGUUAUUUAAAUUUUAUUUUCUUCUUUUGUUUCUUGUACUAUUGCUGUGAAAUGGAAGAAGGUCCACGAGCCUUUCUUUGUGUCAUGCUGUACGACAGAUAAGAGGCAAGAGCGUGAGAGUUGUGCUACUCUUUUUGUAAUAUUGUAAUAAUAAAAUAAAGUUCUAAUUUAUGCUUUGAAACAAGUCUGAACUGCAGUUUGGAUUAUCUGCAGUGUUAACUGACACUGCCAACACGUGAACUUUUCUACUGCUCCCUUAGUUCUGCAGAGAUACUGCCAGUGUUGACGUAUUAGGCUGGUUUCCUCCCAGUCAAACCACUUUUGACCCCCAACUCGUCAAAUAUCGACGCUUUGUCAGUGGCUCUACACGCCAAACAGUGACGCUUCAGGUACCCCUCCAGCAUCAGUUUAAGAUAUAAUAUAAUUCAGUAAUUUUCAAUAUUUUCAAACGCAGAGGUGAUACUGUGGUAGUCUGUGAGUAAUGUGACGUCAUACCUGUAUCUGUAUAAAAACACAGCCAAAGUUAGAGAGCAGAAACGGCGGAUGGUCGGAGGACACUGACCUUCAGCUUCUCAAAUAGCAACUCAAAUUCAGCCAGCCCAGCUCAAACUCCACGCCAGAUCAUGAAACUUUCUGUUGCUGCUGUUACACAGAUUAGACCCAGCAUAAUGUGAACCCUGGUGCUAGGGUUGACUGAACUUAAGUUGCUACAGCUGUUACUGAGUCCAUCCCUGGAGCUUCCGCCUGCUUUUAUCUCUGCAAAUGUUCUCCUAGAAGCAGAGAGUGAGGCAAAAGCCCCAUUUUCACCAAACACUUUCAGUAUGGUACCUUUGGAUAAGUGAUCCUUCAGACAUGGUACUUAGACCCUAGUGUUUCCACUGCAAACAGUUCUCUUAAAUGUGGGCGGGGUUGUUGUCACUCACUGCUCUGUCCAGCACUCACUGUAUUUCCUCAUUACCAGUGACACAGAGGGAAGUCUGCACCAUUUUUGGAAUAUGUCUAAUGAUAUACCGUCUCUCGAAACUGUACGAUUCAACUUUUCCCCGUGGUCUAGUGUUAAAAAACUAAACAAAAAUUGCAAAGAAUGUGUUGCAAUACUUGAAAAUGGCAAUACAUAUAUAAAUUGGCAAGUGAUUAAAGCAAAUCGUCCCAGCUCUAUUAAUUAUCAGACAUUUUAUGUUUGUGUAACAUUGACACAUUUGACAUAACAUUGUGUAUGUAAUUGUUUUACAUUGGUUUCUGACACAGUUAUGAUUUAGGCUGGUUUUCAUUGAAUUGGAUUGAAGUCGUGAUUGGGCUGGAAACUUGUCAGUCUGAUCUGGCAACACUGGAUACAGCAACUUAACUACUGUCAUCAUGUCUGACAGUUCAGGUAAUGUACUAUUCACAGAUUCUUACAUAAUCAGCCUCAGACGUUGCUGAGCGGUUUAAAAGGCCCGCCAUAACCAUAUAUAAUUUGUAACUGAGACAGCUCGUGCUGAAGGCAGCGAUUGUUGCACCAGUUGCUGUGCUUUCAUGCCAUUUAUCAGAGCCUGCCUCUGCCAAAUGGAAACAGGAAGUAGAGUAGACAAAGCAAGCUGUGAAAUCCACAGGACUAUCUGGCUGCAGUAGAUUUAGCUUGUCUGGCUGUGAUGAAAAUGGGACUCGUAUAAAGGGCACACAGCAGGAGGGCGGGAUCAGCACCUUCGUAAUCAGUAUUACUCCAUGAAGGAUUCUGAGCGAUGUCAGAGGUGCCGGCAGGUUUUGGCCUUUGUGCAGAGAGGAUGUGCAUCCUGUUCAGGUGGUGGCAGAAACAGCAUGUCUAGAAACCUUUGGAUUAUAUGUUUUAAAGGGACAGUUCAACCCCAAAUCAAAUAUUCUUCAUCUUACUGUAGAGCUAUUUAUCAGUCUAUAUUGUUUUGGUGUAAGCUGUUGAGUGUUGGAGAAAUCGGUCGUAGA